GCGGCUGGCGCGCGUGGGGGCGCCGGGGGGGACGCGCGCACGCCGCCCCCGCUUGACAGCCGCGCGCUCGGCCAGGAGCUGAAGCCACAAGAGAUGGCCCAACCAAGUUGCCCCAUGAUGGCAGAUGCUUAGGAUGGGCUGAGACGCAGGACCUGCACACAGGCAGGCAGAAAUGGGCUCCUGGCUGGAUCUCAAGCAGUCAGGGGCAGCCAGGAGAAGCCUGGGCACCUGGAACAGGGCCGAGAGCAGACUGUGCUGGCAUGCGUGAGCCAGGGAGCCCUGCCUGCCCUUCCCCCAUGGCCCAGAGACUGUGGGGAAGCCGCCUGCUUCGGCAUCGGAAAACCCAGCUCCUGCUGGUCAACCUGCUGACCUUCGGCCUGGAGGUGUGUCUGGCCGCUGGUAUCACCUACGUGCCCCCACUGCUGCUGGAGGUCGGGGUGGAAGAGAAGUUCAUGACCAUGGUGCUGGGUAUUGGUCCAGUUCUGGGCCUAGUCUCGGUCCCUCUCCUGGGCUCAGCCAGUGACCACUGGUGUGGGCGCUAUGGUCGCCGGAGGCCCUUCAUCUGGGCCCUGUCAUUGGGCGUCCUGCUGAGCCUCUUCCUCAUCCCGAGAGCUGGCUGGCUGGCGGCGCUGCUGUGUGCUGAGCCCCGUCCCCUGGAGCUGGCGCUACUGAUCCUGGGUGUGGGGCUGCUGGACUUCUGCGGCCAGGUGUGCUUCACCCCUCUGGAGGCUCUGCUCUCUGACCUAUUUCGGGACCCGGACCACUGCCGUCAGGCCUUCUCCGUCUAUGCCUUCAUGAUAAGCCUCGGGGGCUGUCUGGGCUACCUCUUGCCAGCCAUCGACUGGGACAGCAGCGUGCUGGCCCCCUACCUGGGCACGCAGGAGGAGUGUCUCUUUGGUCUGCUCACGCUCAUCUUCCUCAGCUGCAUGGUGGCCACGCUGUUUGUGACAGAGGAGGCUGCCCUGAGCCCACCAGAGCCCGCGGAGGGGCUGGCAGUGUCCUCCUUGUUGCCCCACUGCUGCCCGUGCCGUACCCGCCUGGCUGUGCGGAACCUGGGUGCCCUGCUUCCUUGGCUGCACCAGCUCUGCUGCCGUGUGCCCCGUACCCUGCGCCGGCUCUUCGUGGCCGAGCUGUGCAGUUGGACAGCAUUCAUGACCUUCACGCUCUUCUACACAGACUUUGUGGGCGAGGGGCUGUACCAGGGCGUGCCCAGGGCUGAGCCGGGCACAGAAGCCCGGAGGCACUACGAUGAAGGGGUCCGCAUGGGCAGCCUGGGGCUGUUUCUGCAGUGCACCAUCUCCCUGCUCUUCUCUCUGGUCAUGGAUCGGCUGGUGCAGCGCUUCGGCACCCGCACCGUGUAUCUGGCCAGCGUGGUGGCGUUCCCGGUGGCUGCAGGUGCCAUGUGCCUGUCCCGCAGCGUGGCUGUAGUAACAGCCUCUGCCGCCCUCACCGGCUUCACCUUCUCUGCCCUGCAGAUCCUGCCCUACACCCUGGCCUCCUUGUACCACAGGGAGAAGCAGGUGUUCCUGUCCAGGUCCCGUGGCGAUGCUGGAAGUGGUGUCAGCGACGACAGCCUGCUAACCAGUUUUUCUGGACCCAAGACUGGGUCUCCCUUCCCCAAGGGACACUCGGGUGCCACUCUCCCAUCUUCCCCAGCGCUCUGCGGAGCCUCUGCCUGUGACAUCUCAAUGAGGGGGGUGGUGGGCGAGCAGCCCGAGGCCAGGAUUGUUCCAGGCCGGGGCAUCUGCCUUGACCUGGCCAUUCUGGACAGUGCUUUCCUGCUGUCCCAGGUGGCCCCAUCCCUCUUCAUGGGCUCCAUCGUUCAGCUCAGCCAGUCUGUCACGGCCUAUAUGGUAUCAGCCGCCGGCCUGGGGCUGGUCGCCAUUUACUUUGCGACACAGGUGAUAUUUGACAAAAGCGACUUGACCAAAUCCUCCGUGUAGAAGUUUCUCUGUCCAGAACAGGACCUGCCUUGGGGUCACUGACCUUAUUCGGGCCUGUGAACCUUUGAGGCUGUUGCUGCCAGAGUGAGGUGGCUCUUUGCUGCCACCGUGAGGUGCACAGCUGCACAGACAGGGUAAGGGAUUUCCUACACCCCUCGUGUCCAGUUUUUAGAACUGGAUGGUGGCUCCAAGUGAGCUGCAAUCUGGAAUUCUCUACAGGGAGGCCAGAGUGUAGAACGUUGGUUGGCACGGUGCACUGGUAUGCAACACUAGGCCGGGGCAUUAUAGGCUCAGGGUUACCAGUUCAGUGUCUUGGUAAGACAGACCCAGAGGAGGAACUUGGGAGCAUCCCUCACUUCCAAGUCCCUCUUUCACAGUUUCCUCAUUGUUGGUCUUGUGUAGGAGUUUUGAAACCUUUCUCUAUGGGAUUCCAGAAUAUGGAGGUUAGGAGGGAGAGUCCUUGGCACUCAGUGCUGUGCCCUUCUGCCUCUUUCCUCAGCUCUCCCUUUCCUUUUUGUCUGGAAUUGACUUGCUGGCCCUUGUGUUACUAACCUAUGGACAUGGGCCUUUACAUUGGGGGGUGGGGGUGGUUAUACCAGGCAAUGCACAGGGGUUACUCUUGGCUUUGCACUCAGGAACUAUUCCUGGUGGUGCUUGGGGGGUUUAUAUGGAAUGCCAGGGAUCGAGCCUGGGUUGGCCUACUCGCUGUACAUCUCUCCAGCCCAGGCGUUUUAGUCAUUUAACUUAUUUAAGUCAAAGGAACCGACUCCCAGCUCUGCUAAGUAGGUUCCAGUUGGGUGACAUUAAACUCCACCCCCCAGGUGCCUGUAUUCCUGAAAGAUCCGAUAAGUGGGCAGAGCAUUUCCAGAAUUCUCCCCAGCCCUCAAACUGCCCAGCUGAGUUUGGAAGCUCUGCUCACCCCUCGUGAUUCCCCAUAUCCUAUCACUCAAGGCUGUGGGACUCCCCCACACCUGUCAGGGAUGGCAAUGGAGCUGCUUCCUGCCUUUCCCCACCAGCUUCCCAGCCUUGGUCUUUUAUGGACCAGAAGCACAGAUAUGGGUCACUGACCUUCAUCCAGGCAUAUCUGUGCUUGGGGAGACUUGCACAGAAACUCAGGAGUACCCCCUGCCUGGGCAAGAGGUUUUCUCUCUGGGGGGGGGCUAAGUGCCGUUUGCAAUAAUGUAAUGUCUUAUUUAUUUAGUGGAGUAAAUAUUUUAUACUUUAUGUGAGCAAUCAGAAUGUUUAUGAUAAUGAAAUUAAAAGCUUUUAUGUUUGU